UGAGGCCGCAGGCAGCGCAAGAGCUAGCUUACACCGAUCGAGCAGAUCAGACAGAGUUAGCUGCAGAGCAGAGUGUGUUAAAGACUAGUUGGGACUUGGGAGAGGAUGGCGACCAUGAAAGCCAAGGCCGAGGACGCGGCAUCCUCCGCCAAGGCCGGCGUCCACAAGGCCAAGGCCACCGCCGGCGAGAAGGUGGAGAAGGCGACGACGGGGGACCCGAUGAAGAAGCGGGAGGCGGAGGAGCGGAAGGAGGACAGGAAGCUGGAGGCGGAGUCCGACGAGCGCGUCGAGAAGGAGGGCCACGCUGACGAGAAGUCCGGCAAGCACACCUUUACCACCGCCACGGGGUAGCUAAGCUACUAGCUAGCGAGGCACGCGUGCGUGCGUGCGUGCCAUAGUGGCUGGCGGCCGCGCGCGCUCAUGACCGGCUUGAACUAGCUGCACGCACUAGCUACCCGCAUGACGCCGCGCGCUAGCUUUGUACCAGUAAUCACUAGUAUGUAUGAACUCACGUCGAUCGCUUGCAAUGUGCAUAUUGAUGACGGGUAUACUCUUAUUCAGUAUCA